AUAUUCUUGGUUAUAAGUUAGUGGCAAGUAAACAUUUUCUCAAGAAAAUCAAGAAAAAGCAAAAGGUGUUCUCUAUUCUUCUUCUUCCGAUGUAUCAAAUCUUCUUCCUCUUCUUUCUUACAACCUUCCACGGUUAUUACCAUGUCUCUGCUCAGCCUCCUGCUCCUCCGCUCAGCAACGGUGACCUCGUCGCCAACUUCGAGCCGAGUUUAGCCAUCAUCACAGGAGUUCUCGCCAUCAUGUUCGCACUCACUUUCGUCCUCCUAGUAUACGCUAAGUGCUGCCACAUGGAUCUCCUAUCAGGUUCCGGCGACGGAAGGCGGCAAGAUCGUCUGCUCCGACAAGGGUUUUUCUUCAACAGGUCAAAUAACUCCUCGGCUCGAUUCUCCGGUUUAGACAAGACAGCAAUCGAGUCGCUUCCUAUGUUUAGGUUCUCUGCUUUGAAAGGAUCAAAACAAGGGCUUGAGUGCUCUGUCUGUUUGUCUAAAUUCGAAAGCGUCGAGAUUCUUAGGUUGUUGCCUAAAUGUCGUCACGCUUUCCACAUCGGAUGCAUCAAUCAGUGGCUUGAGCAGCACGCAACGUGUCCUCUCUGCAGAGACAGAGUCUCUGUGGAAGAAGAUUCCUCUGUUUAUGUAAACAGUUUUCGGUUCUUGGAUGAGUCUGGGAGAAGAGAGGAUUCGAGCUUGGAGAUUUACAUCGAGAGAGAAGAAGAAGAAGAGGAGAGAAGAAGAAGAAGUAGACAGAGAGAGGAAGUUGGUAGCUCAUCGAGAUUCAGCAUCGGAGGGAGUUUCAGGAAGAUUCUUAAAUUAGGUCAUAAAGAAAAGCCGUUGCUUGAGCAACAAGGAAACGAUGAGUACGAGAACAAGGUGAUGCAUAAGUUCAAUCAUAGAAUCGUUGUGUCAGAUGUUGUGUUCAAGAAUCGUUGGAGCAACGUGAGUUCUUCAGAUUUGAUGUUUUUGAAUUCAGAGAUGGUUAGUUCGAUCUCCAGCGAGAGAUUCUCAUUUAAGAGAAGCGAUGAAGAGGAUCAAAGAGGUGUCUUGCGGAUCAAUGAAGAGAUGGAGAACAAGUUGAGUUCGAUGAAAACUAUGUUGUUGUCUGAAAACAGAGACUCUGGUUCGAAAUCGAGAAGCGUUAUGAUCGAGUCAAAAAGAAGAUCGGUCUCUGAGAUAACUACGGUUCCUAGACUCAGUAUUGCGGUUCAUGGUGAUUGCAGCGGUUCAACCGCAGCGACUGCGUCUGAGAUUGAGGAGAGAAGACGGCGUUUGUGGCUGCCGAUCGCUAGAAAAACAGCUCAAUGGUUUGCUAACAGAGAAAAAAGAAAUCAAAUUAAUACAACAUACCAACACUUUAAUGUUUAGUUUAUUUCUUUUUCUUCAUGAAUUGUGCAACUUUUACAGACGUGUUACAUUUAGUUUUGAUUUAUGGUAUACAAAAAAUAUUCUUUCACAGGUUAGUUAGAUACUUAGAUCCAAAGAUACUUUGUGUAAAUAUGAUAGAUUGAUACAUAAACAAAUUUAUAUUAUUUAUUAUUUAUAAAAUAAUAA